AGGGUCUGGAAAGAGUCGUACCAAAUAAGGAAAUAGGUGGAAGCUAGACUCGUGUACUUGAAAAACAUAGUUGCUUCGAUUGAUUUCAGAGGUCGUUCUACCCUGAAACUCUUGUCAUUCUAUUGUAAUUCGCAAAGAGUCCACACUUUUAAAAUGCCAUAUAUAUGUGAACUUUUUAUCUGUUAAGUGCUUUCCCAGUUUGGCGACCUCCCCCUGUCUCUGAAGUGGGAGGGUCCAGCAAAACACCAAAAGAAGGAAUUGUUUUAGAGUUCAGUCAUCCAAAAAAGCCCAUUCGGCGUGGAGAGGAGAACUCGGGGCUUUUAGCUUUCAAAUUGUUUUUAACGACGAUUUCCAACACUGGACAAAAAAAGAAAAAAUACACAUACUUUUUGGGAUUUACCAGUAUAAUCGGAACACUAGAACGGACUGGAGAUACAAGUUUUGGUUGUGCAACUGAGAGGCAGUCUGAGUUGAUGGUGUGAAGAUGGGGGUGCCGAGGAGCUUUUUCCUUUUUGCAGCUGUGGCUGCUCUAGUAUCCUCAGCAGAUGACAUGCCAUCGUUCACAGUACAGCCUGCCUCUGUGGUUCAGAAGUUAGGCGAGUUGGUCACCCUGACGUGCAGCGUGGAGCCUUCAAUUGCUACUGUGAGCUGGCAAUAUAACGGACAGUCCUUGCCUGUUAAUACAUCUGAUCUGGGAGUUCUAGUUCAAAGGGAUACCCUUAUUAUUCCUUCUCUCAGUAACCUCAACGUUGGGCGCUACCAAUGUGUGGCACGGACAGCCUCCGGAGCAUGUGCGAGCAUCCCGGCUUCUGUGACUGUGGCAAAGUUGAGAGAUUUUGAGGUGGAUGGUCAACAUGAGAUUGAGGUCGAUGAAGGUAACACAGCAGUCAUAGAAUGUCACCUCCCCGAGAGUCAGCCAAAGGCUCAGGUGCGGUACAGCGUUAAACAAGAGUGGCUAGAAAGCUCUACAGGGAAUUACUUGAUCAUGCCUUCAGGAAAUCUACAAAUUGUGAAUGCAACACAGGAGGAUGAGGGCACUUACAAAUGUGCAGCCUAUAACCCUGUAACUCAGGAGGUGAAAACAUCCAUUUCCACUGACCGGCUACGCAUCCGACGCUCCAUGGCAGAAGCGGCCAGAAUAAUCUACCCACCUAGGGCUCAGACUAUCAUUGUGACAAGAGGACAAAGCCUAGCAUUAGAGUGUGUAGCCAGUGGUAUACCGCCUCCACAGGUGACUUGGGCUAAGGAUGGUGCUACCCUGGGCUUGCAGAACAAGACCCGCUUCCUUCUCAGUAACCUACUGAUUGAUGCUAUCAGUGAAUCUGAUUCUGGGACCUAUAGCUGUCAGGCAGACAAUGGCAUAGGAGAGCCAGGUGCAGCCUUCAUCUACUACAGUGUACAAGUGCUUGAGCCCCCUGAAGUGGUCCUAGAGCUCCAGCAGCAGUUUAUACCCUGGGGACAAAGUGCCCUCUUCAACUGUGAUGUUCGGGGUAACCCUCAGCCUUCAGUGGUCUGGCUACACAAUGCAUCUCCCUUGACUAUGUCCCAGCGACACCAUAUAACUAAGCAGACACUGCACAUCCUGGAUAUUGGUCCUCAAGAUGAUGGCAUCUACCAGUGUAUGGCAGAGAAUGAUGUGGGCAGCUCACAGGGGGCUGCUCGACUAAUCACUGUGCCAUCUGAAUUCCCUUUUAAAGGAGCAACUGAUUCUCCCACUGAUGUUUUUUCUCCAGUGGAUAGUUUACGACCUCUUGGUCCUGAAAGGUCACCACUCAGACCCUGGCCCUCAGUACCCAGUGCUCCUGUCAGUUGCUCCAAAGGUACUGGACCAGUGCAGCUAGCGGAGGCCCCGGUUAUCCUUAGCUCUCCUCGUACUGCAAAAGCUGACUCUUAUGAGCUGAUGUGGCGACCAAGGCAUGAUGGUGGACCACCUGUGCUUGAAUAUAUCAUCAAACAUAAGAAGGCUGGAGAUCCCUCAGAUGACUGGACUGUGGCAUCCAUACCGGGUCACCUAUACCGCCUCACCCUGGUUAAGCUAGAGCCUUCCAGUCUGUACGAAGUAGAAAUGGCUGCCAGAAACUGUGCUGGCCUAGGGCAGGCAGCUAUGAUGACCUUCAGAACAGGAAAAGGCCGCAACCAAAACCAGAAGUCUCAAGGGAUUGGUGCCAGUGGGCCAGACAUCAUCCUGAAUGAUGACGCAGGCAGCAGCAGCCAGACCCAUAGCCAACUGGAUAAUGCCAGACUCUCCCCUCCUGAAGCUCCUGAUCGACCAACUAUCUCCAUGGCAUCCGAAACGUCUGUUUAUGUAACCUGGAUUCCUCGAGGAAAUCGUGGAUUUCCGAUCCAGUCCUUUAGAGUUGAAUAUAAGAAGCUGAAAAAGGGAGGUGAUUGGGUUUUGGCAACCAGCAGUAUCCCACCAUCCCGACUUUCUGUGGAGAUCCCUGGCCUCGAGAAGGGAACCUCCUAUAAGUUUAGAGUACGAGCAGUCAAUAUUUUGGGAGAGAGCCCACCCAGUGCUGCCUCUAAGCCCUACAUUGUGUCUGGCUACAUUCACCGUGUAUAUGAGCGUCCAGUUACUGGGCCCUAUAUCACCUAUACAGAAGCAAUCAAUGAGACCACCAUUAUGCUGAAAUGGAUGUAUAUUCCAGCCAGCAACAACAAUACCCCAAUCCAUGGCUUCUACAUCUACUAUCGCCCUACUGACAGUGACAAUGACAGUGAUUACAAGAAAGACGUGGUGGAACGUGACCGAUACUGGCACUCCAUAACCCGAUUACAACCAGAGACUUCAUAUGACAUAAAAAUGCAGUGCUUCAAUGAAGGGGGCGAGAGCGAAUUCAGUAAUGUUAUGAUUUGUGAGACUAAAGCUCGACGACAUCCUCGGCCUCCAGUUGACUCUACACCUCCUCAAUCCACUCCUGGCUCAGGGGAGGUGUCAACAAUUGCCCGUGCUAGUGACCUGCCCUACCUCAUUGUUGGCGUGGUGCUGGGCGCCAUUGUUUUUAUGAUUGUGGCUUUCAUUCCCUUCUGUCUAUGGCGUUUCUGGGCUAAACAGAAACACACAUCAGACUUGGGCUUUACUCCGACAGCCCCAUCGAGGUCCUCUUGUCAGUAUACCAUGGUUCCACUACGGAGUGUGCCUUUGCCCAAUGGCCACUGCCCUGUUGGUGGAACAGUAAUCUCGCUGAAUGGUGGCUGUCACCCUCACAGUACUCCUGGGAAACCGUUAGAGUAUUGUGUGGAUCAGUUGUGCCAGGGUGAUGUGAGCUGCACUUCUCUGCUUUCAGAGACCGUGAACCACUCCAGACAUGUUGGGUACGACUCCUCAGAAAGGUCGCCAAGUCAAGAGCUUCAAGAAGGCUCAUUUCUACCUGACAACUCUACCUAUCAGCUUCUUCAAACCCAGGAGAAUCUGAGGCAGCCAGAGAAUACGUGUCACUUGACUGGAAGUGGGCAGCUGCAAGGCAGAGCCUGCGUAAACUGUAGGACUGACACAGACAAAGCAGGUUCACUGGGAUGGCUGCUGGCGGCUCCAGUGGAGAACGUCGAGAGGCCAGAAAUGCAUUUGCCCGUUAGCAGCACAGUGUCCUGCAGUGCUGGCGACCUGCGGCCCGCUGCUGACGUCUACAGGGGGCUUCAGAGCCAGGAUCUUCCACAGAGUUAGAACCAGCACCUCCACAGAAGAAGACUUAUUUAUUUUUGUAUAAGAAAUAUAUUUAUAUAUUUAUGAAUGUAAAUAUUUUAUAUGUGCUUUGUUGUACUGUAUAUAUGGGGGGUGCUUUCUGUGAAAAGUGCACAAUUUCAUACUCUAUAUAGGAAAAUAUAUCCACAUACCGGCUGUAACUGCCUCUUAGCUCCCGCCCAGAUGUUACCUGCUCAAGCUGCAUCCAUUGCACCCAUCCAGACAUUAUGGACCUACAGGACGGCUCCUGACAAAUGUUAUUCAUGUCCUCCAUGUGACAAGGCGGGUUUAUCACCAGGGCCCAUGAAUGCCAGCAUCCUUUUGCCAAAAUGCAGGUUUUUGGUGUUGGUAGAAAAUUGACUGAACCCCCCAAACCUGACUUCAGGUGUCAUUAAACAUUUUAUAAUAUCACCAUCAGAACACAGGGGGGUCUUCAUUUGCAGUUUUUUUUGGCCACCCUGCCCUUCAUUCCCUGCAGCAGACGCCUGCUCAGUCCUGUGCCAUGGAUGUGCCGUUCUCUGUCAUCUGUAAAUAUUGUACAUGUAAUACUCGCGUUACCCAUCUGCCUCUGUAUAUUUGCAUUGUGCAUGUUUAAUUUUGUAUAGAAAAAUUAAAAGCUAUUCUUGAUAUAAA